ACCAAGCUAGUAGUUUGGUAUCGAUAAUGAGGCGAUCUGCUUCUUCGUCCUGGCUCGCACGCGCCGUGCUCCUCCUGCCUAUUAUCGCAUGGUGCUUCCUGCUGCCAUGCUGUGCCGCUAGGCCCAAAGGCUUUAAUUUUCCAACCUGGUGGCGCGGACGAGGAAUACAGCCGCAAUCACCUAUGCCCGGGAAAUCAAGGGGACAGAACCAUGACUACGCUCCGCUGCCAGAACUUGCGCCGCCCGGGCCGCCGAAGCAACAUUACUGCCCGGGGUGUGGCCAUGACUACGCUCCACCGCCGUUGGUGGGUGUGGCACUUGAGUCGCCCGGGCCGCCGGAGCAACAUCGCUGCCCGGGGUGUGACCAUGUCUACGGUCUGCCUCCGGCAGGUACUCCACUUGCGACGCCUGAGCCACCGAAGCAACAGGACUGCCCGGGGUGUGCACAUGACUACACUCUGCCGCACAAGGCGGGUACGGCACUUCCAGUACCAUAAGAACCUACCCGACACAAGGUUCAGAACAACGUCCCACGAACCUUCACCCGGGGCUGCAACAACGGUAGAAGAGGAGAGAUUGCCUGAUUCAACCAACUUUGUACAAUUAUUAGUGGCAUUGUAUGUUUGGACAUCACGAACUAGUUUCCUUCAAUUUCAAUUUUUUUUCUCCUAGACAUUUUCGUUUUCACCAAAGCAAGAGUUUCAUGAUUUUCCGUUCGGUUUUUACAAUUCUUGUCCAUUAGACGGCCAAGAAAGUGGAAUAGCAACAAUGCACAUAUGCAGUGUAGUGAAAUUCGAACUA